CAACAGUUGAACUAAUGCAUUUCUAAGUUAUAUUCUUCAAUGGGUACAUAUCAUUAAUUUAUUUAUAUUUUUUAAUGGAUGUAGCAACUACAGAUUGCCCCAUUCAAUUGUAGGUCUCUGAAAAAAGCGUCUGCUAAAUGGUAUAUCUUAUUUUAUUACUAUAUAUUAAAUAGUGUGGUAUUUGUAUUGUUCUCCAGAUAAAACAAGAUGGAUGUCUCUGUGGUCCUUCUCUGCCUGGGCCUGGUGGUGUCUGUGUCUGUGUGUCACCCUCAACGGGGUCGGCCCCUCAACGGGGACGUCCAGAUGAGGAACAACAUCAAGUUGCUGUCCAUGAUCACUGUGGUCCACAUAAAGAAUUAUCUGACCGAGUUCGACGUUCCCCCGGAGAUGGAGUUCAACCCCAUGAACCCCCCCAUCGAGGGCCUGGCCUCCAUCUGGGUCCACCUGGGGGGCCUGGAGGAGAGUCUGCAAGACAGCAGGUGUGGUCAGGUGUAUGAGGACUUGUCCAGCAUGCGGGGGUGGGUGCACUCCUUGUCCCAGGCCCUGGGCUGCCCUGAUCUGGCCAAGCCUGGCGGAGAGGCCCUGAAGACGGUCUAUCAGAGCCUGGUGGAGGGGCAGAGGUACAUGGAGAAGAUCAGUCUCAACCUGGACAAGCUUAAGAUCUGCUGAGA